AUGCAGGACGCUUCGAGUUCCGAGACACACGGUCUCUUAAUCUCAAACUCAUCACCAUACGACAAGUGGUCCAGGACGAGCAUGACUACCACUCCAGACAAGGAAUCCAAAGCCAGAAAGGCCUAUGGCGCAAUUGACCACAAUGUCGAUGCAAGGAGAAACAGUCUUGUGGACGCAGCAGAAGAUGAGGCGAUCAUCCCUAAAGGCGCACUCGAUCCCGUCUACGAGGCCAAAGCACGCAUCCUCAACCGUGCUGUGAGUGAGAUAGGAAUGGGAAGAUAUCAAUGGGAAUUGUUCAUUGUGAUAGGAUUUGGUUGGGCGAGCGAUAAUCUCUGGCCGAUCGUUACCUCUCUCAUCUUGACGCCCGUGGCGAAUGAGUUUGGCGUAAGCAACCCGCCAUUUCUUCCCCUUGCGCAGAACAUUGGUCUGUUGGCUGGUGCCAUGUUUUGGGGCUUCGGCUGUGAUGUUUUUGGCCGCAAAUGGGCUUUCAACAUCACUCUAGGUUUAACGGCUGUUUGGGGCUUGAUAUCAGCCAGCGCCCCCAACUUUGCUGCCAUCGCCAUCUUUGACGCCCUCUGGUCUUUCGGCGUUGGAGGUAACUUACCUGUGGACUCGGCCAUCUUCCUCGAGUUUCUACCUGCUUCGCAUCAAUAUCUUCUCACCAUUCUUUCGAUCGACUGGGCUAUCGCUCAGGUAAUCGGCACUCUGAUCGCGUGGCCCCUUUUGGGAAACUAUACAUGCCAGCAAGACACCGUAUGUCGACGCAAGGACAACAUGGGAUGGCGCUACUUUACAAUCACAAUUGGUGGCCUGACCCUCCUCAUGUUUCUUGCCCGCUUUUUACUAUUCAAGAUUUACGAGUCACCAAAGUACCUCAUGAGCAAGGGGAGAGACGAAGAGGCAGUCAAAGUUAUGCACACAAUUGCAAAAAAGAACGGAAAAACGUCUACGCUCACUCUUGAGGAUCUCAAAGCUUGUGAACCAGAGGGAUACGUCGCUCAGACGGAUGCAAGCGCAGCAUUGAAGCGAUAUCUCGAAAAGGUCGACAUGUCUCAUAUCAAAGCUCUCUUCGCAACAAGGAAACUCGGUCUCAGUACCGGACUCAUUAUGUCCGUAUGGGCUCUUAUUGGUCUUGGAUAUCCUCUCUACAACGCCUUCAUCCCGUACAUCCAAGCAACCAAGGGAGCUGACUUUGGGGAUGGAAGCACAUAUAUCACCUACCGAAACAGUCUAAUCAUUGCUGUUCUCGGUGUGCCAGGUGCUUUGCUAGGAGGAUGGCUUGUUGAACUACCUAAACUGGGACGAAAGGGAACACUGUCAGCUAGCACUGUUCUCACUGGUGUCUUCCUCUACUGUUCAACAACUGCCACGACCAGUGGCGCUUUACUCGGUUGGCAGUGCGCUUUCAACUUUUUUAGCAACAUCAUGUACGCUGUUCUCUACUCUUUCACGCCAGAGUUGUUUCCUACACCUCAUCGUGGAACAGGCAAUGCCUUGUGUGCGUCUUGCAAUCGAAUCUUUGGCAUCAUGGCUCCUAUUAUUGCGAUCUUUGCAAACCUGGAGACAUCCGCUCCUGUAUAUACGAGCGGUGCUCUUUUUAUAGCCGCCGGACUCCUCGUGUUACUUAUGCCAUUCGAGUCCAGAGGCAAAGCCGCCCUUUGA